AUGCGUCGUGCGUCGGCUAAUCUUUCUUCCCUCGGUCGAAUGUCCGAAGUAUGGAGUGGUCUUGAGCAAGCUGCUUUCAUGCGCCUCUUGGCGGCUCAGCUAAUAACCUGCUCAGAUGCAAUGGAACGCGAUCAGGCUUUUGACGACUUUGUUGCUAAAAUGCGCUCGAUUGCCGACCACCUCCUCCUACGUCAGACGAGACUUCGGUUCAGUCUUCACGGAGAGGAGGGUAGUUUGGCACCAGCUUGUGAGCAACUGGAAGCUUUUCUUUCAGCAUUGCCUUUAAAAUCAGAUAAAGAGGAAGAAGUGAAGUUUACUCCUGAUCCAUCUGCUCUAAAGUCCAACAACGCUUUCAUCGUUUUGCCCUACUCCGUUUAUUAUGCGAGUCUCGCACUGCCUGCACCGUACUACUCUUCUCCUGAUUUUCCUGUGUGA